AUGGCCUGUCAUCGCCUCUUCCAAACAAAUUUGAACCACUCCGCCAGGGCACAGGACCUCCUGGUCCAGACCAUAGCGGAGUGGAACAUAGAGUUAGCGAUAGUGGCCGAGCCCUACGCUGUCCCUUCCGCAAACACCAGUGGUGCCGGGGCUUCUCUGGUUCUCGGCAAGAGAGACGAGGGCUACGUCGCUUGCCUCUGGGGUGGUUGGGCCGUUGUGGGGGUCUACGUGUCCUCCAACAUCUCCUUUGAAAAUUUCGAGUCCAAGCUCGAUGAGAUCGGAGGGGUCGUCCGUCGGCUGCAUCCUGACUGGGUGUUAGUCGCGGGCGACUUUAACGCAAAGUCUGCAGACUGGGGGUCACCGGUCUCGGACACGGACGGAUCCCGGUAG